AUGGAGUUCGACGACGAGAUGGGCUAUGCCGUAGCAGGACCAGGCUCCUCGCGCUCAAACAGCCGACCGCCCCGUCCACGCUGUCAAGCACCCCAGGAAUUCGUCAAGCAGUUCUGGGAACAAUUCAACACCAAGUACCCCGGCAAAGUAUACACGGUGCUGCCAGACAACCCGUAUGCACGGACGCGGGCCAAGCACGUACCCAGCGGCCGUAUCCAGGGCCACGAGGCCGUCAAGUCGUACGAGCAGGCGCGCCAGGAAUGUGAAAAGUCCGUCUGCCGUAUUGUCAAGGAAUGCGAGCGUGUGAAUCAGAAAUACUCAGACCCGCACUUUGAUAUCGAGUUAGAUCUGAAGUGUGGUCGGAGACACUAUCUCGAUGGAUUGGAUAAACCCAAUAACGAUUUCAGACCACAGGGAGUGAAGAGAGUGACCGAAAUUUUUGAGAAUCCGCAGUUCUUUGUCAAUGGGCCUACCGCGUCAGAUGUGCGACAGGGAUAUGAUGGGGAUUGCUGGCUCAUGGCUGCGCUUUGUACUAUGGGCAACAAGGCGGAGCUUAUCGAGAAGAUUUGUGUUGCUCGCAAUGAAGACGUUGGAAUCUAUGGAUUUGUUUUCCAUCGAGACGGCGAGUGGCAGCAGUGCAUUAUUGAUGACAAGCUCUAUCUCCGCGCUGCCGACUAUGAUGAGUCUGUGACUGAGCGGCCCCUCUGGGACGACAUCAAUCGGAAUGAUACGGAGGAAGAGUACCGGCGAGUCUGGCAGACAGGCUCGCGGGCCCUGUACUUUGCCCAGUGCGUCGACGAUAACGAGACUUGGCUACCUCUUCUAGAGAAAGCCUUCGCAAAGGCCCAUGGCGACUAUUCUGCGAUCGAGGGUGGAUUUGUUGGUGAAGCUCUCGAGGAUCUUACCGGAGGCGUCACAUCUGAGGUCUUAUCCAGCAACAUCCUGAACAAGGAUCGCUUUUGGACUGAGGAAAUUAUGAAGGUCAAUAAGGAAUUCUUGUUUGGUUGCGGGACGGGUCUAUUUUCAAACUGGUUGGAGCCCUCGUACCAUGGUCCACCAAGGGAUCGAAAGGGUAUCGCAGAGGGCCACUCCUACUCCAUCAUGGAUGCCCGGGAGAUUGACGGACAUCGACUACUGCGAUUGAGGAACCCAUGGGGCCGCAAAGAAUGGUACGGUGCCUGGGGUGAUGGAUCCAAAGAAUGGACGCCUGAAUGGAUGGAAAAGCUUGGCCAUAAAUUUGGCAACGAUGGUCUCUUCUGGAUCUCCUAUAAAGACCUCCUCAAGAAAUACCAGCACUUCGACCGGACUCGCCUUUUUGGGCCUGAAUGGACAAUUACCCAGCAAUGGACUACCUUGAAUGUCCCCUGGUCCGCUGAUUAUCACAGCACUAAAUUUAUGAUGGAUGUGACCACCAGUGGUCCGGUAGUCAUUGUGCUAUCCCAGCUUGAUGCACGCUAUUUCAAAGGACUAGCCGGCGAGUACAGCUUCGUGCUCAAAUUCCGUCUGCAGAAGGACGGAGAACAAGAUUAUCUCGUGCGCAGCCACAACAGCCAUUUCAUGGGCCGAUCUGUUAACGCCGAGAUCGAUCUUGACCCGGGUCGCUAUCACGUCCUGAUGAAAAUCACAGCCUUCCGUCACGAAGACGUCGAUUCCACCGAAGAAAUCGUCCGCCAGGUUGCGUCGACGAGAAGAGAGAAAUUGGUCCAAGUCGGCCUUUCAUACGACCUCGCACAUGCGAAGGGACUGGUGGGCGAGACAGAGCAAGAAAAGCAUGAGCAGGAACUUUUGAAGGCAGCCGAGCGUAAAAAGCUUCGGGAUGAGAUUAAGAAAAAUAUGCAGAAGGAUUGGAUCCGCAAUCGGAAGCUAAGUGCUCGAGAAGAGCGCAGGAAAGCAAGGUGCGGGAGCCGUACCCCUAGCGGUAGCUCCUACGAUCACAACCCCGAAUGCGAUUAUAUUCCCAGCCAGAUUCUGAAAGAGAGACCAGUGGAAGAAUCUCCUAUCGAGGCUGCAAGUAUCUCGAGCGAAAGCAGUGAUCGCCGUGUCAACGGUUCCGUCCCGAUCAUCCACGUCAACGGCGGCCAGGGCCUGCACGCGAGACAGGCAAACAGUGGCCGGCUACGUGGAGCGGACUCCCCACGUCCCAGCCUAGACGUUCGUUUUGCUACAGAUUCUCUGGACCCGAGCGACCUUGAGUUACUUGAAGGGUUCGAAUUUGACAGCGAUGUCGAUAUGCCUCCUGACGAGGCGGAUGUGAAGAAUCACCCUCCAUUGAUGGACCGUGACGAGCCUGCUCUUGACCCGUGGAACGCUGUGUGUGUGGUUGGGCUGCGGGUUUACUCCAAGGAUCCGAUGUUGAGUUUGCAGGUUGUGCGUCCUGUGCCAGAGGAUGAUACUGAAGCUCCUCUGGACCGAGACGACCCUGCGGCGUCGGCGACUACCUCGAACAAGGCCAACACACCGAUCCUUAACAAGUUUUAUCAAAGAUCAGGUACAUGCUCCAAUAGUGCUAUGCAAAAUAUCAUCUGCUCGUCCCGCGGUAUAGCCCUUGUCCUGCGUCGCAGCAGAGGAGCUACCCGCAUUUUCGUCGCGUGUUUCCAAAGCUCGCGAUAUUCGACCGCCUCAUCCGAUUGCACAGAUGAGACAAUUUCCCUUCCAAUUGGAAACAAUGGAGCCAUCUCACUAAGAAUUACGCGACCGAGCGCGUUGAGCUGGUCUCAGCAGGGGCAAUCACCAAAAGACCCAAAUGUAAUCCUCUACCUUCCGCCUGGACCUUUGUUCCAGGGAAAUGGCACGAGCGAAUCUCAAAAGCAUGGAAACUUUGAAGUUGAUCAUCAAAGGACUGGCGAUACCAAUGCCUUGGCCUCUGCAGCAGGUUCACCCCAGCAUGUCCUAGCAUCUACCGCGUCUGCAUUGGUAGUCACAGUCAACUACCGCCUCGGGGAUAAACAAACACCUAUUUCCCCAUCAUCAGAUGAAAUCUCUAUAUCGCAAGAAUCAAUUGAGUCCUCGGACCAAACCCCGGAACCAAUCAAUCCUCAACUCACCUCUUACAAAUACCCAACCCCAGUCCACGAUACACUGGCCGGAUUCGACUGGAUCCAAACCAACCUCCGACCAUCCCAACUAGCCAUCUUCGGCACACACAUCGGGGGCUCUCUAGCUCUCAUGCUAGCUCUAACAGAAGCGCAAUCCAUCCAAGCCGUCGCCGCCGUAGAACCCGUUUGCGACUGGCCCGGGUUGGAUGAGUACUGCACGCGCGAGAGCACCAUCACACCCUCCAAAAAAGGAGCAGACAAUACCACUCCAAGCACAACAAUAACAUCCAAACACAAGCGCCAACCAAGAAAAAAGUCCCAAGCACCACCAGACCUAGUCCCUCUCCUCCAAGCGCGCUCAAAAUUCUUCUCAACCCCAGAGCGCUACUUCGACUCCUUCGCCUCACCAAUCCUCUUCCUCCGCUCCGCAGGCCGGGAUGUACCGCGCACAUUCCCGCAGUAUCUCACUGGACCGGAGUAUCCCGUCCCCGUGCUGAAGGAGAAGGCGCGGAGCACGACAGCCGCAGAACAACACGCAGCAUCGGACAGGUCGAUCUGGGAUCGAGAUGUGUAUCCGGAUAUGGAUGCCGACGACGUUGAUGAUAUUAGCGGUACGGUUACUCGGCGCCGGAAGGCGCUUUCGCGCUGGCCGCCGUAUGGUCUGGAUUAUAGGAUCAGUGGGAAUACGUGGUCUGGGCCUGGAGAUGGGAUUGGGCGGUUGGAGAUGGCUUUGCCUUGGGUUCGGGUGUUUUUGAGAGAGGGUAGUGCUGGUUUGGCUUCGGAUUCUUCCUCUUCGUCUGUGACCGAGCUGAAGAAGAAGACUAGAGAGGGGGGUCAUGGUUCUACGGUUAUUGCAAGACAGGCUGAUGAGAUGGUAUCUGCUAUGCGGCGGGCAUGCUUUUGGGGGCGGGAGAAGGGCGUUGGGGAGCGGAGGGUUACUUUGUCUCAGGUUCAGAGGACUGAUGGCAAUGAGGGAGAGGAAGUGGGUGACUGGUUCAAGGAUGUGUUUGAAGGAACAAUGGAGGAUAUAGAUUAA